AACCAGGGCGGCAAGCCGGUCGCCCCGCAAUGGGAAUUCGACCUGGCCGUCGGCUCGAUCAUCAACAACGUGCUGUUCGGGUAUCGAUUUGAAGAAGACAAACAGCUCGAAUUCGCCGAACUCCGCCGCCUGCUCAGCGAGCAAAUGAAGCUGCUGGCCCACGGCGUCUGGCGGUUUGGUCAUCACCAGAUAUUGGUCGCGUUAUAUCCCGGAAUUAGAGACGUUUACAAGCGGAUCAUGAACAACCGCGACCAGCUGUUUGCCUUCUUUAAUCAGCAGGUCCAGGCCAGGAAGAAGACGAUGGACUAUGAUUCGGAUAUCAGUAACGACCUUGUCGAGUGCUAUCUAAAGGAGCAGCACAAACACCAGGAUGAGCCAGAGUUUGGAUAUUACAGCGAGGCGCAGCUUGAGAAUGUCCUGAUGGAUCUAUGGGUGGCUGGUAUGGAAACGACGUCCAACACACUAAACUGGGGCAUCGCAUAUCUUCUCAAUGAACCGGAAGUGCAGAAGAAAAUUCACGCCGAGCUGGACCGGGUCAUCAAGAGCGAUCGCACGAUUACGCUGGCCGACAAGCCGAACCUGAACUACAUCAAUGCCACGUUGAACGAAAUUCAACGAGUCGCCAACCUUCUACCCCUAAAUUUGUUCCGAAAAACAACAGAAGACGUCGUAAUCGCGGGCCAUCCGGUUCCCAAGGACACCAUGGUUAUCCCGCAGAUUAGCGUCGUGCUUUUGGAUGAGAAGAUUUUCCCCGAACCCUACGCCUUCAAGCCGGAGCGCUUCUUGAAUGCAGAUGGGAGCUUGAAGAAGGUUGAGGAGCUGAUCCCGUUCUCCAUCGGCAAGCGACAAUGCCCGGGCGAGGGGCUGGCCAGGAUGGAGCUGUUCAUGUUCUUCGCCAACCUGCUACAACGAUUCGAGGUCCAUUCUGAUGAGAAGCCUUGCCUCGAAAAGGAGAUGGGGAUCACGACUUCGAGUCGCCCUUAUAAAUGCUACUUUAGGGAAAGGAAA